AUGUCUUAUAUUGAAAAGUAUACAAUCGACACACUUAAGUUACUGAUAGUAUUCCCUGGAAUCGAUCCUGACCAAUGUCUCAACGUUGAUUUCCACUUGGCUUCUCUUGUCAAACCAACGGUAUCGAGUGUUAUGGAGUCACGAGCUAUUCUACCAUGGCUCCAAAAGCCACAAAUGUUUGAUCAGGAAGUCGUGUCCGCCAUGCAACUUGACAGAUCCCUAAUUACCCACAAACCCAAAGCCAACAAAGUCGAUAUAUGUUCAUCUGAAGAAGAACUCGACUCUUUGCCAACGUUCGCCCUACCACCCCAUCCGGUUCAGCCACCUGUUGGCCCACCUCGAGGAGUCAAACGAGCCCGUGUUGAUGCAGCAGAUUCUGAUACUGAUGAUGUUCAGGUGGUGUCAUCUGCUACCAGCUGGCCAGAAGGCGUCACCAUGGCCCAAAUGAAUCAAUUUUGGCACCCAUUGUUGGUGUUAAGUUAA